UGUUUGAAUAGUUGUCCGGUAGAGCCGGUUUUAUCUCGGAGGUGAAGACUCUGUGCCAGUACGCCGGCCCGGUGAAAUUGGUCUUGUGAUCCGAUUGCUCCUGGCGACGGGCAACGACUAAAAUCGUUGGAAUCGCGAUGGAGGGCAAGGGUCGCGUGCGUUCAUCGUCGUUCCCGGUAUCGUUGCUCUGAGGAAUCUUUCGUCGUCAGAAGUGUCUUGUGCGAUGCAGGGCCACGUCGCGCAAAUUCCCACUAGCUUCGGCAAGGAGCUUCGAGCCUGUUUGCGAUGCAGCCUUGUCAAGACUUACAAUCAGUUUACAGACACUGGAUGUGAGAAUUGUCCAUUUUUUAACAUGGAUCAAGACAAUGAUCGAGUGCUUGAAUGCACAACACCCAAUUUUGCAGGAGUUAUUGCAUCCAUGGAGCCAUCUGGUAGCUGGGCAGCACGUUGGCAAAGAAUAAGCAAAUUUGCUCCUGGUUGUUACGCACUUUCCGUCACUGGCAUGCUUCCAGAAGAGAUGCAGGCUAUUUGCGAACAUAAUAAUGUGCGCUAUGUUCCUCGCAACUGAGCUGUUAAAAAAUUUCGUGCAAUUGCUCUGAAGUUUAAAAAGGAACAAUCUUCGAUAACAUUGAACUCAUUCAUAAAGGAUGGACAUGACCCAUGGCUUUAGCAGCUUGAUUAGUUUCUGAAAGAACUGUAUCGGAAGCCAGUUGACUUCAGCAGUUAGGUGAUAAAUCUCAUUAAUGCAUUUAGAUCCAAGACAAGGUACGUAGUAUUUUAAGUUGUUCUUCUUCUAGAGAAGGUUGAUUUACACACCAUGAUUCUUAUUGGCUUCUGAGCUCCGGAUUAUCUGAAGGGAGGCUGAUCAGCAAUUCUCGCAGACGCUUUCGUCAGCAGAGUAGUAAAUAGCAAAUAGAAAGCACAUAUAAUUAAAAUGGAAUGCCGAAUUUUGGACGAGCCGUUUUAAAGUUAGGAGAAACCAUCUGCUUUAUGGUGGGCUUAAGUGGUGCACUAAAGCGCCGAAAAUCCCUAGUGCACCACUUAAGCCCACCAGCAAAGCAAAGCAAGGAGAAGUGUGGUGUGGAGUGGCGGCAUUUACUGCCAAUCACUCUAUUGCUGGAUACAGCAAGAGAGUGGUGAUUGGUUUGGGAUAAUCUGCUAUAAAUGAGUGAGUGAUGAACAAGAAAAUACUUGAGUUUAAUGUAAUGAUUAAUUUCAUGGGAACGUUCAUGGU